GGGGAAGCCUUGUCGCAGUUUGAGCUGGCCCAGCUGUACGUGGAACACACACACACACACACACCCUCUCUCUCUCACUACUCCUGCCCCCACGCGGGGGAAAUCAUUACCGACCCCAGAUCGAAAAGGAUGGCUGCUGCAGCCUUGGAUCCUGUUUACAACGCAGAGCACGACAGCACCGCUUGACACGGACCUAAAUGCACGUUCCUUUCACUUUCGAAGCUUUGAUACCGUGCAAUAGAUGACGUUUCGUGCUCGGGCAAUCUCGUUUUGGAACGUCAGGGGGAACGCGGUGGUCCGCCUCCUCCUCCUCUUCUAUUAGGGCGCGAAGGAGCGGCCCAGUAGACCCCCAGUCUCGGCCGCAUCUCGCGGUGCUGCACCGAGCAAGGAGCGGGGUGGGAAGCAUCCCUCCCUUCUCAGUGCCUCUCCCCCGUCUUCUCUCAUACCAUCAGACAACGACAGCUGCAGGAGUCUCGUCUAGCCGGGGACCAAGAAGCAGGAGGGGGAGGACUCUCCGCCUGGGGAGGCCGGGCUGAAGCCCUCAGUCGGAGGAUGUUGCGGGAGUAGAGCGGCUCAGCGCGGAAGAUGGGGAAGGACCAGGAGCUGCUGCAGGCGGUGAAAACCGAGGACCUGCUCACCGUGCAGAAGCUGCUGCAAAGGCCUCGGCCAGGGAAAGCAAAGUUGCUCGGGUCUGCAAAGAAAGUGAAUGUCAACUUCCAAGAUACAGAUGGAUUUUCCCCUCUGCAUCAUGCAGCCCUCAAUGGGAAUAUGGAACUCAUCACCCUGCUGCUGGAGUCACAGGCAGCUGUUGACAUCAGAGACCAGAAAGGCAUGCGGCCGCUGCACUACGCAGCCUGGCAGGGGAAGGCGGAGCCUAUGAAAAUGCUGCUAAAAUCUGGUUCCUCUGUGAACGGACAAUCAGAUGAAGGACAGAUUCCUCUCCACCUCUCAGCACAGCACGGCCAUUAUGAUGUGUCUGAAAUGCUGCUUCAGCACCAGUCCAACCCGUGCAUUGUGGAUAAUGCUGGGAAAACACCUUUGGACCUCGCCUGUGAAUUCGGCAGAGUUGGGGUUGUCCAAUUAUUACUGUCUAGUAACAUGUGUGCUGCUCUGCUGGAGCCCAAGAAAGCAGAUACCACUGAUCCCAACGGGACAUCUCCUCUGCACUUGGCUGCCAAGAAUGGACACAUUGACAUAAUCAGAUUGUUGAUCCAGUCAGGAAUCGACAUCAACCGACAGACCAAAGCCGGCACUGCCUUGCAUGAGGCCGCCCUCUGCGGCAAGACCGAGGCAGUGAGACUCCUGUUGGAAAGCGGCAUCAAUGCCACAGUGCGAAACACUUACAGCCAGACCGCGCUGGACAUCGUCUACCAAUUCACUGCAACCCAAGCAAGCAGAGAGAUUAAGCAGUUGCUUCGAGAGGCGUCAGCUGCUCUUCAAGUUCGGGCUCUGAAGGAUUACAGCAACAACUACGACUUAACAAGCCUUAACAUCAAAGCUGGAGACGUCAUUACGGUGCUGGAGCAGCACCCUGAUGGACGCUGGAAAGGCUGUAUCCAUGACAACCGGACAGGAAAUGACAGGGUGGGCUACUUCCCUUCGACCAUGGUGGAGGUCAUCAGCAAGCGAACAGGUUUGGCCAGCACAGUCAUUUGCACUCAACAGUUUCAAAAGAUACCGCUGGUUGCCCCGGCGACGGUUGCCCCUGCCAACGUGGUAGUCAACGGCAACGACACCACGUUCCAUCAGAUCCAUAUCCUGCCUCCACCGCCUCCUCCUCCACCACAUUCCCAUCAGCCACUGCUUCCACUUUUCACUUCCUUUGGCUAUAACAGGUCGCCCGUGACAACCCCACAGGGAGACACCCCCACUGCCCCAGGUUGUCGUGGCUCAGAGGCAAGUCCUCACAGCUCCCCCACCGCGUCCUGUGGGCCCCAUGGAGGCUCCAACGAAGAGAUCUGGGUACUGCGCAAGCCUGUGGCAGGUGGAGACCGCAGCAGUUUGGGGAGUUCUGGCAGUGUGACCAGUGUCAGGUCAUCAGGCAGUGGUCAGAGUGCUGGAAGUGCUGCACACAUACUCCAUGCACAAGCUGAGGGGGUUAAGCUUCUUGCCACAGUCUUGUCUCAAUCUGCCAAAGCCAAGGAACAUCUGCUGGAGCAGUCCAAGUCUGUAGACCAGCCUGCAGUUGGCUCUGCCAGCUCCUCUCGGACAUCAAGCCUAUCAGGCUGCCCCCUCCAUGAAGCGCCGCCUUAUGAUGCCACCGCGAACAGGAAGGGGGAGGCGCCAGGCGAGGGGAAGAGCUCAGAGGCCGUUGUCCAAUGGCUGAGCGACUUUCAGCUGCAGGUCUACGCUCCAAACUUCUUGGGCGCUGGGUAUGACUUGCCCACCAUUAGCCGAAUGACCCCGGAGGAUCUAACAGCUAUCGGGAUAAGUAAACCAGGUCACAGGAAGAAGAUGACAACAGAGAUUAAUAAACUGAGUGUUACGGAGUGGCUGCCUGAGCAGAAGCCUGCCAGUCUAGGAGAGUGGUUGUGUGCUAUUGGCCUAAGUCAGUACCACCAAGUGUUGGUGCAGAAUGGUUACGAGAACAUUGACUUCAUCACAGACAUCACUUGGGAGGACCUGCAGGAAAUAGGCAUCACCAAACUGGGCCAUCAGAAGAAGCUGAUGUUGGCGGUGAAGCGACUAGCUGAAAUACAGCGAAAUUCAGACGGGCGGGGCUCCCUCAGAAAGAAACCACCACCAAUCACACAGCAACAGGAAGUGAUGUCAAUGGACAGCCCGCCCCCAGAUGGUGAGUUUACAGAUGUGAUGUCUCCAAAGAUGAGCACCUUCCAGGACAGUGAGUUGAGUAGCGAGCUCCAGAAUGCCAUGACCCAUUCAAGUCAGGAGGCCAAAGCCCAGCCAACACGUACUCCCAGCAAGGAUCCUGACGACGCUGUAAUAGGAGGACCGCCUAAGAAGGAGGCGAGGACAAUGAGGCAGCAGAGCAGCCAAGGAAGCACCUCCUCCCACAGGGGCAGCGUGUCUUCUCAAGGGAAACACCGUCACUCCCACUCCCAUUCCCAGCCUGCUCCUCCUUACACACCUCCUCACACACCAACCAAGACCAGGACCUCGUCAUCCUCUUCCACCUCCUCCGUCCACAGCACAUCCUCAUCUCAGUCCAAACACAAGGUGUCCCCCCAGUUCCUUCAAGGUGAAAGACCUCAGUCACCACGCUCAAACCCACCUCAGUCGCCAAACAGUCGUGGAGCUCCCGUCCAGUCCCCGCAGCAGCAUCAAACCCACCCUCAGCACCAGAAUAUGGUGGAUAGCGCACAGCCGCAGGUCCCACUCCUCUGCCUCCCAGCAGAGGCUGAGCUGGCAGAUGGCAAUGAGGCAGAUCCCGCCGCACUCCAGAAGAAACGAGCCCACAGUCUCAACCGAUAUGCUGCUUCAGAUGGCGAGUGUGAUGAGAGGCCAGGAGGAGGAGGAGGAGGAAGAAGUGGAGAGGCGGAGGUGGCCUCAAGCCAGGGCCCCAACGUUAGAGGGGAGGGCGGUAAAUACGCCACGGUUACCCAUCGUGUCAGCCGCAGCCACUCUGUUCGCAACCAGGACAAAACAGUCUCUCGCAACCAACCACAGUCCAUCACUCUGCGGCAGAAGAAAAAAGGUCCUCCCCCGCCACCGCCCAAACGCUCCAGCUCGGCUAUCUCCAGCUCAAACUCCAACCUCUCGGAAGGGAAUGCACCACUGCAAGUGCUGAGCACCACUGGGGGGAUGCUGGAUGUGCCUUACCACCAGCAGCGGCGGGCCAGUGAUUUGGGAGUGUCAUUGGAGGCGGGCACUGUGGAAACGAACAGUAUGGGCAGUGUGAGGAGCAUUGCUGCCAUGCUGGAAAUGUCUUCCAUUGGGGGUGGAGCCAAAGGGAUGGCGCUGCAGAAGAACUUUCUGCAGGCUGGGAAAACACGAGAAACCAUCGGUCUGGACGGUGAAGUAGUGAACCGACGACGGACCAUUAGUGGGCCUCUUACUGAGUUGGUGGCGGCUGCCAGGCGCGACCAACCGGUCAUGUCCGUCAUUUCCCAGCCUGAAUCUUCCCCGCCCCCUGUAACUUCGUCCUCCCCCAACCCCAGCCCUGGAGGAAGCUGCAGUUCUUCAGAAAACCUGCCAUUCGCAGAGGAGGGAAGCAUGACUAUUCGCCGACAAGGUCGAGGAGAAGGACAGUGUGUAUUUUGUGUCUGUCUGCAGGGUGACGGCGAGGGCCCCCCGGCAGACUGCGGAUACACACAGGAAGACAUCUCCAGGGUGGAAGCCACUGCGACCUUAAAGCGACGACCCCGCAGCUCCAAGACCCACCCGAAUGGCUCAGACUUCACCCUCCAAGAGUCGUCCACCGUCAAACGAAGGCCCAAGAGUCGCGACAAGGAGCCAGAGGGCUACACGGAGCUCACCGGGCCCAACGGAGAGCCACCAGGUAGCGGGCCCCCAAACACCACACAGCCAGUACCUUACCAGAACGGCACAGCCACCGUGAAACGCCGCCCAGUGUCUGACGUCGGCGUGACGGAGCAGCCUCAACCUCAACCUCAACCACAAUCCCAAGUGACUUCCGUUUCUCGAAGGGACAGUUUGGAGCAAGUAGCUCCGGUGGGCGGUGAAGGAGCGCCAGUGAAAAAACCAAAGCCACCGGUCUCCCCAAAGCCAGUUGUGGCACAAAUCAAAAGACAAGGGGGCCCACAAAACUCCCCCCAGACAGCCUCGAACAAGAGAGUUCCUCUGCCAGGACCGGGCACACCUGGCAGUCCAGUGGAAGGAAAGAAGAUCCCUCCUCCGGUCUCACCCAAACCUGCUCCCCCUCCUACAGCGCCUAAGCCAGCCAAGCUUAUCCACUCCAUGACCAGCCCCCCUUCCCCGACGCCGGCCACUCCUCCGGCAAAGUUGCACCCUGCGGUGGCCCGACAGACAAGCUCACCUCCCUCCCUCUCCCAGUCCAACACCCCCUACCCUUCCAACGUAAAGCUACCGAGCCCCACUCCGCAAAGUCCGCACACCCCUCAGACGCCCACCACGCCUCAGACUCCACAGACUCCUGCCACUCCCAGCCCGCCGGUGAAGCCUCCUCGCUCUUCCAUCGGGGGCGUGUCCGUGGACAGCGGGAUGGCAGCAGUAGGGGUGACGGCGCCGGUGACCCCAACGCCAGACUUUGGUGCAGAUUCUUUGGUGCAUCAGAAGCUGGAGGAGACGAGUGCAUCGCUAGCUGCUGCCUUGCAGGCCGUGGAGGACAAGAUACUGCGGCAAGAAGACUCUGUGACAGAGCAGAAGACCACCGUGAGCAUCCUCGACGACAUCGGUAGCAUGUUCGACGACCUGGCCGACCAGCUGGACGCCAUGUUGGAGUAACCACGGGACCCUCGUCAGCUUGUCACCAUGGCGACGCUGCACCGGAGCGACUGAGGCGGCACGACGGGGCAGUACGGCUCUCUCGUCUCUCUUUCCAGUCAUCCUUCGCUCGUCCACUUUGCACUCUUCCUGUCUUUUGGCACCAUCUGUCCAUCCGUCGCUGCUCCGCAAAACUUCUACUCUUCUACGGACUUGAAGAAGCAGAGCGCACCGACAACGAAGAGGGAAGAUCGAUGAAGAAGAGAGUGAGGAUCAAGUGCAACAAAGAAGUCAUCCUCACAAACUCGUGAGCAAAAUAAAGGAAUUGUGAUUGAAAAAGCAACAGUGUGAUGAACCAUCGUACGUGUACAUUGUAAGCAUGGAGAGUUUAUAUCUACUGAAAAAGUCCUGCAUUAGCACAGUAAUAUAUAAUCAAUACAGAUUAUUAGGAAUCUCUCGCUCUUUGGAUCAAUGUCUUGGUUCUAUGUGGAAUUCUAUGAUGUAAUCUGUGACCAAAACGACACCAUUCAGUUCCUGAUGGGUGUGUGUCCACGUGCGUGUGUGUGAUGGGUGGGGAAAAGAGAGAGUGAUAGGUUUGUGUGUGUGCAGGGCCGCUCCUAACCUAAAUGUAGAACACCCACUGCGAGUAGGGCCCCACAAUCCAAAUUUGGGGGGGGGCAAAUGUGCAAACGAUAUGCUUUGCUGCUGUGAGGCAGGGAGACAAAAAAAAGACAUGGGUACUCUGACGCAGCAGCAUAAGAGAUGGCAUCCAGUAUAUCAGGCCCUGGUGGUGUAAUGGUACAGCUGCUGCUUUUUUUAAAAGGAAGAGAGUGCAGGUUUGAUCCCCGCCCCAGACGUUUUGUUUUUCUUUUUGCACUAAAAGUAAUUUGUUGAACAAUUUGUUCCCAUGUGUUCAUAUUACUCCACAUGCAUUUAAGUACAUUCAGGUUCAUGCUUCCUGCAGGAGCUACUGUUCAUGACACAAUCAAUUUGUAAUGUGGAGCGGGGGAUCCAAAUGAUUGUUUCUGGGCGGCCCUGCGUGUGUGUUUAGGUCGUUUUAUUUGGGUUAUUGUUUCAUCACCUUGACACACACGCACACACAUGCAGACAUGGAGAAGCACAAUGGCCCAUGCAGCUAACACACACAAAUACAUGGGAGCUUGCACAGUAUACAGGUGGAAAUGAGUCAAUAGGGUUUGACUGAUGCAAGGUUUUACACAAGAUGCAUUUCAAAAAUUCCAAAUAGUGCUUUCAAUGCCAGCAAGGUUUGGCGAGGUCAAAAAAACACUUCCUCGUAAAGCAGCAAACACGGUUUCAAAAUCAUUGCUGCUGUUUUGUAAGCUUGCCGAGCUAAAAGCUCAAAAGUUCAACUAUAACAGUAUUCCUUCUCUUGGAAGUUUGCAUGUUUUGAAGAAGAAAGGAAGCCAUGAAGCUCCUUAAAGAUGAUACUAACUUUUUUUUGCCUUUGCUUUCAUUUCCAUACAGUUUAAAGGAGGAUCAAGGCCACACUGAAGAAAGUCAAAUAUACAGAAUACAAGAAUAAAGUCAUAGAAUUGCGAAAAGAAAGUCCAAAUACGACUAGCUGUUUUUUGUCCGAACAUAUGCAGUUUUUUUCUGUCAAACGGAUCAUUCACCAUAAGUCUGCAAUCAUUGUAUCAAUACGGGAAAAAUGUACAGCGUACAUGUACCACUCUUUGAAAGCCCGUGCAUUUUACAUGUGGGCAGUCAAAUGAUUAAAAAUUUUAAUCAGAUUAAUCACAGUUUUUAAAUUCAUUAUUCAUGAUUAAACACCAUUAGCCAUUAUUUAUAUAUAUACAGUAUAUAUACAGUAUAUAUAUAUAUAGUGUAUAUAUAUAUA